UGCCUGCCUGCGCAGCUCGGUUGCGUGUCGGUGAGCACUCGCUGGGUGAUGCCGGAGCGAGCAGGCACGCUGGCAACUUCUCUGCAACCAUUUCUGGAUCUUUUGGGUUUUUUUCCCCCCAGUGAAGGAAAUAUCAGCUGAGAUGGUCAUAUUUAACCGAGCACGCGGAUGUGUGAUUUGUCAACGCUCCACUUUUGUUUUGAGCUCAGCAAACACUUGAAUGGGCAAGGGUAAAAGUUGUUUGUAGCAGGAGUACCCCACCCCACCCACAGCCCGCCCGCCCGCCCCGAUCCAGCCAACUUUCACGCGGCAGAAUGCUGUCCGAAGCGGUAGCGCUGCUCUGCCUGCUUGGCGUGGCGGCGGCAGCGAGCGCGCAGGACGCGGCAGCCGCAGCCACAGGUGGCCGCUUCGUAUGCAACGCCAUCCCCCCGGGUGCCGAGCCCGGCUGCGGCUACGCGGCGACGGGCAACCGCCUGCAGGUGAGCGGCCCCAUGGAGGAUGAGCUGCGCAACACCAUCAUCCGGCUGCGCGAGACCAUCCUGCAGCAGAAGGAGACCAUCGUCAGCCAGCAGGGAACCAUCAAGGAGCUCAACUCCAAGCUGGCGCGCUGUGAGGCGGCAGCCGACGAUUCGGUGCCGCCGGCGGGCAAGUCGCGGGGUCACGGCUCCAGGAGGAAAGAACUGGGCAAGAACACCAUGGGGGACCUGCCGCGUGACCCCGGCGAGACAAUAAACCAGCUUGGGAAGACCAUGCAAAGCCUGAAAGGGCGCUUGGAAAGCUUGGAGCAGCAGAGUUUGCAACUCCCCGGCGCGAACGCGUCAGCCGGAGGUGUUCCGGCACUGAGCCCUUUGCCGCCGCAGCUGCGGGAGCUCCUGGGCCAACGUCUGGGCCUCCUGGAGAUGCAGUUGCUACGAAAGGUGGCCGAGCUGGAGGAGGAGAAGAGCCGGCUCUACAACGAGACGGCGGCUCAUCGCCAACGCACUGACAAUGCGCUCAAUUCGCUUCUGGAAAGGAUCGCUGAGCUAGAGAAAAACAACAACGCCUUCAAGUCACCCGAGGACUUCAAGGUGUCCCUGUCGCUGCGCACCAACUACCUGUACGGUCGCAUCAAGAAGAGCCUCCCCGAGAUGUACGCCUUCACCGUCUGCAUGUGGCUCAAGUCCGGCGCCAGCCCCGGCAUCGGAACGCCCUUCUCGUACGGCGUGCCGGGCCAGGCCAAUGAGAUCGUGCUGAUCGAGUGGGGGAAGAACCCCAUCGAACUGCUGGUCAACGACAAGGCGGCGGAGCUUCCUCUUUCAGUGAGUGACGGGCGUUGGCACCACAUCUGCAUCACCUGGACAACCAGAGACGGCUUCUGGGAGGCUUACCAGGACGGCGAGAGGCUCGGCACCGGGGACAACCUGGCCCCCUGGCACCCAAUUAAAUCUGGCGGGGUGAUCGUGUUGGGUCAGGAGCAGGACAUCGUCGGAGGUCGCUUUGAUGCCACGCAGGCCUUCGUGGGCGAGUUGAGCCAGUUCAACAUGUGGGACCGAGUUCUGCGGCCAGCCGACAUCGCAUGCCUGGCCAACUGUUCGGCGUACAUGCCCGGCAACGUGGUCCCUUGGAUAGACGCCAAUGUGGAGGUCUUUGGCGGGGCCACCAAAGCACCGCUGGAGAUCUGUGAGGACCGCGCCUUUGAGUCCUAGUGCCAGGAGAGCUCGCAAUUG